ACAGGUGAGUGAAGUGUGCAAUGAGUUAAUUAACGCUGGCUGGCUGGCUGUUUGGAGCAGAGCUGACUCUACAGUGCAGAGUGGAGAGCUGCAGUCCACUCUGUCUCACCAGGCCAGAGUAAUCCCUCCAUCCAUAUAUAGGCAUGCCGUGAAUACUGUGUCAUGAUACGCUCUCGCAGCCUCGCAAGUGUCUGUCAACAAAUGGCCUUCCUCGUUUAGCUUUGCAGAUGUUGUUAAGGCCGGAGGAUUUUGCAAAAAGCGCCUGAGCCUGCCCUGGAGACACAUGCACCUCUGCUGAGGAGGUGGUGAAACACAGCGCCGCAGAGGGAGGCAGCGAGCGAGAGACAGACCCCUCCCUGUGUUGAUCUGAGCGUGUGAGAGUGAGUGUGUGUGUGUGUGCCCGACUCCAGGACUGUCCCACCUCCCGGGCCUGCAAUCGCAUGGCAGAGCAGAGGACUAGACUUAGCAGCAGCCCCGGACUGAGAAGCCGCCACACUCUGCUGACUGUUCCUUUGUGAUGAAGGCAGAGUUGACUGCGGGGGGUGUCGUUGGCACUGAAUGAUCUGCCAGAGGAAGGAGAGGAGUUGGCGGGGCACGAACUAUGGAGCAGAACACGUUCUCUCGGAUCAGACUGUGGUGCCCGCGGCCAUUCGGCACCUACCUCCAGAACAGGCAGUGCUGCAUCAGUCUGAAGAAGGCCGCGGGCGAGGCCAAGACUAAGGAGAAUGAGGCGGGCGGUUUGGACACGGCUCGGCCCCCCAGCGGAGCGGGCAGUGAAGGGGAGAGUGGACAGGAGGAGGGUCAGGGAGAGGAGGGGAGGGUGAUGCUGGACACCUGGUAUGUCAUCAAGCCGGGGAACACCAAGGAGAAGAUCGCCUUCUUUGUGGCCCACCAGUGCGGUGGCGUGGGGACUAACGGCCGGAGUAACGCUGUCAAGGUCAAGGGCAGUUGGGCCAUGGAUGGCACCAAGCCCAAGCGCAGGAGGAAGUCUCACGAGCCGGUCAAGGGGGUCCCGUCCCAGAGCCCCCCCUGCCUCUGUCCGGAGCCACUGUGCGAGGCCGAGCUGGUGUCCGUGGCCGAGAUGGUGGCCAGAGUGGAGCAGAGGGUCACCUCGACCCUGCGGACACAGCCCCGUCCACCCCCUGAACCCAGUGGGGGCUCCGAGAGUCACUCCCCACUCCCCAGCUCCGAGGGGGAGAUAGGAGAGAUAGGGGAGGGGGAGAUAGGGGGGGCAGAGGGGGGGUUCAGGGGGUGCCCGGCAGGUGAGGUGAGGAUCGCAUUCAGGGUAGCGAGCGGUGGGGGAGGGGAUGGGCGUUCUGGCUCCGAGCCGCAACAGGGCAGCAUCUUCAUGAGUUGCAACCACUCAGCGGUGGGGAAAAUCACCUGCGACCUCUAUCAGAUCUCCCCCUCCUCUCCCCCCUCUGCCCCACCCAAACACAACCACAACCUGGACGUGGAGAUGGGGCCAGCCCGGCCCGCCCAGGAGCCCAGGACAGACCCUCCAGAGCCCCUCUCCUCCUCCUCCUCCACCACCCCUCCCUCCGACAAGGGGCCAUCUCCGCGAGACUGCAGGAGCGGGUUCCAUGUGGAGGUGGUGGUGACCGGAGGGGUUGACCAGUGCCUGGUGUUUGGCCGGGACGGGGCUCCGGGGGACAAGGAGGAGGGGGGGGUGUGCGUGACGGUCAGCCAGGACUCCAAGUGCCCCUCGUGCGAGGAGCCCCCGCCUGGUCAGCUGUUCUUCCUCCACUCCCUGGCCCAGAGUCCGCAGUCCGAGGUCGGGAGGAGGCCUGGAGACGACGGGGAGGUGAAACAGCGGGCGGAGAAGGAGGAGAACUCGGGGCUGCUGAGGCCCCAGGUGGAGGACAAGGAGCCUCCGCUAUACUGCCUCUAUCGGCACGUCUCCCACGACUUCCUGGAGAUCCGCUUCAAGAUCCAGCGGCUCCUGGAGCCGAGGCAAUACCUGCUGCUCCUGCCCGACCACGUGACGGUCAAGAUUCUGGCCUUCCUGCCCACACGCUCGCUGGCUGCCCUCAAGUGUUCCUGCCACCACUUCAAGGGGGUGAUCGAAGCGUACGGUGUGCGGGCUGUGGACUCCCGUUGGAACAGGGACCCCCUGUACAGGGACGACCCCUGCAAGCAGUGCAAGAGGCAGUACGAGAGGGGGGACGUGUCUCUCUGUCGCUGGCACCCCAAACCUUACCACCACGACCUGCCUUACGGACGAUCCUACUGGAUGUGUUGCCGGAGGAAAGACCGGGAUGCUCUGGGUUGCCGGAUUGGCAUUCACGACAACAACUGGGUUCUGCCGGGGGAGACUGCCAAGAGGGAGGAGGGCAGAUAAACACCUCCAGACAUUGGGGCCUCUCCCUCCCUCACCCCACUCGUUGACGGAACGUUCUGGAUUCUCCUCGACGCUUAGAGCUAUUUAAUUUUUUUUGGAAAUCUUUUGGAAAUGGGGAAUGGGUGUUGAGAAGGUAACGAGAGGAAAAAAAACUUGGAAGCAUGAUACAGAUUGUGUGUGUGUGUGUGCGUGUGUGUGAGUGUGCGAGAGAGAGAGAGAGAGACUGGUUUUAAUCCCCCAUUAUAUAAAGUACAUUACCACAAAGUAAUUUAAUUUCGAUCAAUAACUUCAGCCUGAUUUCACCUCCACCGAUCAUGUGUCAACUUACAACUGAAUGUACAAAGGGCCUUCCCCUGCCUUCGCACUUUGUCUCGUGUCUAGAAAGGUCGGGGGGGGGGGAGAGGGGGG